AUGAGCUCAUCUACAUAUACAAGACUGCUAUCGUCUUUUGCAUUGAUAUUUAUAAUAUGCAUUGUUUUAGUAGGUGCUGCAACAGAAUCACCAAAACACAAGAAUAAGAUUCCACCCAAUUUCGGUGUAUCUCCAGAGGUUGCUAGUUAUUAUAAAUCGAAUAGUUUCAAUUGUUUUUCUAGUGGAAAGAAGAUUCCUAUUGAGCAGGUCAACGAUGACUACUGCGAUUGCGAAGAUGGAAGCGAUGAACCGGGUACUGCGGCGUGUUCGAACGGUCAUUUCUACUGUGUGAACAAGGGAUACCGAGCAGAGUCUAUCAAUUCGCCACUGGUGAACGACGGUGUUUGCGAUUGUUGCGACGGUAGCGAUGAAUACGAGAAGAAGAUAAACUGUCCCAAUACCUGUGUGGAGAAGGGUUCGGUCAUGAGAAAGGAGCGUGAAGAGAAGAUCGAGCGUUACCGACAGGGUUUGAAGAAGAAGGCUGAGAUGGUCGAGGAAGCAAAGACACUGAUCUCCGAGAAGAAGUCGGAGCUCGAAAGACUGAAGAAGGAGGUCGAGCCACUCAAGGAGAAGAUCAAGGAGUACGAAGUCAAGAAGGAGCUACUCGAGAAACAGCGUGAGGACGAGAGAAAGCGUUUGGAAGACGAACGUGAAGCCGCCAAGAAAUUGGAAGAAGCAAACAAACCAGAACAACAGCAACCAACUCCAACUGAAACAGAAGGAGACGGAGAAGAUAAGAAAGAAGAAGAGGAAGAAGUAGAAGAAAAGAGAUUGGAAGAAGUUAACUCUGAGCUUUUGGAAUCAAUUAAAAAAGGUAUUGUAAUUUUGUUAAGUAAUGAAAAUGUUGAUGAGGAAGAAGAAGAUGAAGGAAAAGAGAAUAAUGAUAAUAAAGAAUCAGAGAUAAAAGCGGAGGAGGAGGAGGAGGAGGAAGAUGAUGGUCCACAAGCAAGAAGAAAAAAAGAUAGAAAUAGAAAUAGAAAUAGAAACAGUUUCGGUAGAAGAAGAAAACCAGAAUUUACCAAACCUCCUUCACCAUCACCAUCAUCAUCAUCAACACCAUCAUUAUCAUCAACUCUAUUCGAUUACCUUCCAGAGAGUGUCCAAAACUCUCUCAAGUUUAUCAGCAACUAUCUUCCAAAACAACUACUCGGUGGUGGUGAAGAUAUGUCAGAUAUCGAUGGUACACUUGCAACUACACGUCACGAUCUGAGAGAGAAGGAAGAACAGAUCGAAAAGAUUGAGAAACUCUUUACCUACGAUCAUGGUACAGACAAUGUUUAUCUGCCAUUGUAUGGUAAAUGUUUCGAUGUCAAGACAAGAGAAUACACCUACACCGUUUGUCCAUACGAUAGAGCAUCACAAGGUGGUACCAGUCUUGGUAAAUGGGAAGAAUGGCAAUCAAACUACUCUAUUAUGUCAUUCCAAAACGGAUUGCAAUGUUGGGGUGGACCAAAGAGAUCACUCACUGUCAGUGUGGAGUGUGGAUCCGAUAACAAUGCCUCCGACGUCAACGAACCAUCCAAGUGUGAAUACACAAUGAAAUUCCAAACACCGGCUGCAUGCGACGAAGAACAUCUCAAAGUAUUACAACUAGAAGAAGGUCAUGUAUUUUAA